GAGACGGGACUGGUGGUGCAAGAUAAAACUCACAUUCCUCAACUCUGGUUUGUGCACACUCGCUGAAUAGCCCUUAGAUCAGCCUUUGUGGGAGUGAUUGUCAGCAGCUUAAUGAGCUUCUUUGCCAAGCUAAAGGCUUUGGCAACAUAUGUGACUACAGUGCCUCUUCGCCUCCGUCUCAACCUGCAUGAUACAACAUAAAGCAAGCUCAGCGUUCUUCCUCCCUGUAGACAUCAGAACUCCCUUAACUCAUCAUUUUCCUGUUUACUCUGGAUUUGCGCGACCCGGAAAAAGGAAUUGUUACUCAUCUCAUGGGGACCAGGACUGAGAAUGAGAAAGUCCGAUUUUGUACGGCAUCUUCAGCCCGUCCCAGAAAUGAACUGAGCUCACAGAGGAGAGCGCUGGUUGGUCGGUGAAGUUCUGAAGCCUGCAGUGAAACCAUGAGGUCACAACGAAGCUCUGGAUUGGCUGGCAGGCUGACGCUGCUGGUGGUCACUUGCCUCCGUGCCUUUCACACAACCACAGCCAUCGAUAUUCCUCUUGAGGUUUUGGGUCACGUAAACAUUGAGCAGCUGCCCACCAUCACAGAUCAGGCUCCCAGUUCCCUCAUCGCCUUUCCUUUCGACGAGAGCUUCGCCAUGACGUGUGAGGCUAAAGGGAAUCCUGAACCAAAAUUCCAGUGGAAAAAAAACGGGGAAGAUUUUGACCCUUAUCUAGAUCCUCGGCUGAUGAAAGAGGAGAAUUCUGGGACUUUUGUGAUCCCCAACAAUGGGAACCUCACAGAGUACCAGGGAACCUACUGCUGUUACGCUUCAAACAAACUGGGGACGGCCAUAUCCAAGGAGAUUGAGUUCAUCGUACCCAACGUUCCAAAAUUCCCUAAAGAGAAGCUGGACCCUGUGGAGGUGGAAGAGGGCCAGCCUUUCAUUCUGAAAUGUGACCCACCCACCGGCAUCCCGCCCCUGCAGAUCUACUGGAUGACUAUUAACCUCCAGCACAUUGAACAGGACGAGCGGGUGUCCACCGGCCUCAACGGAGACCUCUACUUCUCACACGCGGUGGAGAAAGACAGCCGGAGGGACUACUGCUGCUUCGCCGCCUUCCCCAGGAUACGCACCAUCGUUCAGAAGACCGCCAUGUCUGUCAACGUCAAGACAAGAGGAGGUGACAGGUCUGAGAGCGCCAAUGCAAUCCUGGAGAGGAAACCCUCACUUCUGACGCCCUCUGGUGGCAGUUCAGAGAAUCAGCUGGUCAAAGGAGAGGACUUGGAAUUAGAGUGUAUUCCGGAAGGAAUUCCAACUCCACAGGUGGAGUGGAUAAAAAUCGGUGAUCAGCUUCCUGUUAAAGCAAAGCUGGAUAAUCACAGGAAGCUGCUGAUCGUUCCCAGAGCCCAACAAGAGGACAGCGGGAGGUACAUGUGCAGAGCAAAUAACCCACUGGGAGAAGCUGUCCAUUACUUUACAGUGACAGUUGAAGGGCCUCCAGAGUGGGAGUUGGAGCCACAGAGCCAGCUCAGUAUGAUCGGCUCCCAUAUCCACAUCAAGUGCUCGGCCCGCGGCGUCCCAGAGCCCACCAUCACCUGGAGGGUGAACGGCCAGCUGCUGCAGGGUCAGUCCCACGACACUGACCAUUAAACACUG